AUGGCGUUUAUUUUUGAAAGGCCUGGUUCUGCUAGCUCUGCAUCUGACAGUGGUAGUGGAUCUGGGGAAGAUCAUGAUCCAGAGAUUCGUAUAGGUGAUGCUGCUACCUCUCCACCUAAAUCUCCAGUCAAACCACCCAAAAGUCCUUGUAAAACAUCCCUCAUCAAACGUCAGAAAUCACUGAUAGCAGCAAGCUCCAACAAAUCUGUUCGUGUUUAUCAUGCUGGGAUUAGGACCUUAUAUACAGCUGGGCGACCACCCUGGUAUGAUUCUCAUGGAUCUCAAAAGGAGGCCUUUGUCAUUGGUGUUUGUGGAGGUAGUGCUUCAGGCAAGACCACUGUAGCCAAGAGAAUCAUUGAAAUGUUGGAUGUGCCUUGGGUCAGUCUUCUGAGCAUGGACUCCUUCUACAAGGUAUUGAGUGAAAAGGAACACAAGCUGGCUGGGGAGAAUGAAUAUAACUUUGAUCAUCCUGAUGCCUUUGACUUUGACCUUCUGAUCAAGACACUCCAGAGACUGAAAGAAGGAAAGAAUGUAGAAGUCCCUAUGUACAACUUCAUCACUCAUGGCCGUGACAAACAAACAAAAACUAUCUAUGGUGCCAAUGUGGUAAUAUUUGAGGGGAUUAUGUCGUUUGUCAACAAGGAGCUGUUGGAGUUGAUGGACAUGAGAAUAUUUGUAGACACGGACUCUGAUAUCCGACUAGCACGAAGGUUAAAAAGAGACAUCGCCGAGCGGGGUAGAGGUUUAGAAGGAGUGUUAAAGCAGUACAAUAAAUUUGUGAAGCCAGCCUUUGAACAUUACAUUGAACCAUCCAUGACACAUGCAGACAUUAUUGUUCCAAGAGGAGGAGAAAACAUAGUAGCUGUCAGAUUGAUUGUCAUGCAUGUUCAUACACAACUCCAAAAGAGAGGCUUCAAACUCAGGUCCAAACUAGCUCUCUCAGCAAACAAUGGAACAAAGAUGCCAGACUCCCUUUAUGUGUUGGAAAAAACCCCUCAGGUACAGGGACUUCACACAUUUAUAAGAAAUCGAGAAACUGCAAGAGAUGAGUUCAUAUUCUACUCUAAGAGACUGAUGAGGUUGCUGUUUGAGUAUGCUAUGUCCAUGCUUCCAUUCAAGUCAGUGAAGGUGGAGACACCUCAGAAUGUACUCUAUGAUGGGAAAAGGCUGAAUGCCACAAAGAUGUGUAAUGAUUCUUCUUUAGGAGGCAAAAAGACUGAGGUUGUUGUAAAAAUAUGUGGGGUGUCUAUAUUACGUGCUGGGGAGACCAUGGAACAGGCUCUUUGUGAAGUUUGCAAGGACAUCAGGCUCGGCAAAAUCCUCAUACAGACCAACUUUGAUACAGGGGAGCCAGAGCUACAUUACCUACGACUUCCAAAGGAUAUUAAAGAGACACAUGUGAUGUUGAUGGAUGCCACAGUUGCCACUGGAGCAGCAGCUAUGAUGGCCAUCAGGGUGCUGUUGGACCAUGACGUUCCUGAGGAAAACAUUCUUCUACUGUCUCUGUUGAUGGCUCAGUCAGGCGUACACUCCGUGGCGUAUGCCUUCCCUAAGGUGAAGAUUGUCACUACGGCUGUGGACAAGCAUGUCAAUGACAAAUUCCACAUACUACCUGGAAUAGGAAAUUUUGGAGACAGAUACUUUGGAACCGACCUUCCUGUUGAAAGUUGAGCGAUGUCUUGAAGAUGGUUCUGUAACAUAUCACCAUGGCACCAUUGGUUGGAUGUUGUUAUGUCUAAACCAGUGAUAUCUCUGCUGGUUACACUGCUGCUUAUGGAUUAAACCAUUGUAAGGUAGCUUAAACUUGCCAUCAUUUGAAGCCUUUUUCGUGUAAGGAUUGUGUAGAGAUGUGCGACCUAAAUAUUUACAGCUACUGCACUCAGUGGUCAUAGCUACAGCUCUGAUGAUAAGAGAAAGGAUUUAAUGAAGGACCUACAACGUACACGUCACGUUUGGAGUGAAAACAGAUACCUUAGGUCCUUAUAUAAAAACACAAGUAGUUAUAUAGAUAUAUAUAA